ACCUGGGUCGACCAGAACCUGACCAGAGCCGAGACCUCUGGGACCCCGAAUCGCCAUGUCGGCCCUUGUUAAAGCUCGGAAAGUUCUGGGCUUUUUUUCAGUGUCGUCGAAGUGGAGGCUGAAUAAGCUGUUCAAAAAGCUGACCAAGGACAUUGUGAAGGAGCUGGACCCUCAUGGCCACCUGCACCCAGUCCAGAGUGUCUAUGAAGCUCAGAAGCUGGAGGUCCUUUCUCUGGUGAAGAAGAAGGUGGAAACCAAGUGGCUCUUUCUGAAUGUGAAGAGGUUUACCUUCACUGGAAUAAAGCUGGAAAGUCUGCUCUCCCAUGGAGACACUGUGGAUUUUGGAAAGACAACAAACAAACUUGGUUCAGUGAAGAUGAAGCAAGAGGGUACUAUUGAUGUGAAAGCUCCUGUCAGAAGUUCUGUGGUGGAUGGAGAGGCGGGGGUGACAGUGGUCAGCCGCAGCUCUGCAGGUUCCACUGCCAUGGAGGUGGAAGCGGUCAACAUUAAUGACCUUCAGACUAAGCUGCAGGAGAGGAAGUUCAACACUAAUCACUGGCUGAUUAAGAAGCCGAAAGACCACAAGUUGUCCAGGUUGUAUGUGAUCACUGAGAUCCUUAAAACUAAGGAACCCAUAGACCUGCAGAAGAAAUUAUGUGGAGAUGCUACCCUCAGUUUGAGUUCCAAGAACAUAUUCACGAUGAAUGCAAAAGCAAAGGGAGAUCGUGAAAAGGAGCUGAAAGUGGAGGUAGGAGCCACUCUUGUGUUCAAGAUGCUAGAGAUCAAGAUGGAUGACGAUGGACUUCUGAGUGAAUUUGCUGAGGAAGAAAAUGACAGCAGCUUCUUUGAUGUUGAUGGAGUGUCUGAUAUUGCAGCUAAUGCUAGUGAUUUCCUUGCAAUGAAGCAGCAAGUUGAGAGGGAGUUCCAGGAAUUCAGGAAUGUGGAUAGUAGCUUCAGGAAACAUAUCUGGAAGCUGCUGUCCCAGACAGUGACAUCCGGCCAGGCUCUGUCCACUCUGGAUAGCAUAGUAGGGCUGGAGGAGGAGCAGGUGUGCCCAGGCGACCCCUCUCCCCUGGACGCUUUAUCUGAGGGCGUCAGGUCCCCAGUGAAGGAGCUGCUGUCCUACGUGGGACUCGACCCUUCUGACCCUGUGAAUCCCAGCGAGCUCUGCUCCCCCCUCCGCCUCCUGGUCAGCGCUCUCAGCGAGCUGGAAGGCUUCACUGCGGAUCUGAUCUGUGACCUGACCAGCGAGGCCCGCAAGGAGCAGCUGAAGCUGGUGCAGUGGCUCGUGGAGCAGGUGUACAGCGGCUCCAGCCUGACAUCGGCCUGGUCUGAGCAGUUUUCCCAGGACAGCCUGCGCUUGGCCAAACAGGUGCUGGGGUCCUGCGGGCUGUGCUUGGACGAAGGGAGGCUGCACCCCAGUCUGGGGUCCCCCUCGAACCCCGAUGUCGCCCUCCUCUCCUUCUACAUCGCCUUGCAAGGCCUGGAGAGCCUGCUGGAGCAGUAACCCCUCUCUCAGAGGCCCAGACACUCAGUGAGCACUCUGGUAACACACUGAGGCUGUCCAGUUAUAGCCUGUAUCCAAGCCGCUUUUCAUCAGUGUCCAGGAGCCCGUUGGCUGAAGCAGUGUGCAGGAGCUAUAUUGUACUGAACUUGAAUAUUUUUACUUUUCUACUUUUUUAUGUGCUUCAAUCUAUUACACUAUAGCAAAACAUGCCAUCUCCCUUAUUUCUGUGCAGUUCUCUCUGUCACCAGAAGAGAGUGGCAGUUUGCCACUAACACAGCGGUUUCAACCUCUAAUCUGACAGUGGUUUCAGUGCAUCAUAAUAUUGCUCUUAUCUCUCUAGACGAAGUUUGAAACUGCUAAACCUGUUGUUUCUCAGUCUAUGCAGGAGGCAAAAGCCCUUUGUAGUAAAUGUGUCUCUGACACAUACAGUAUGUUGGUUUCUGUUGAGACUUGGAAGAGAGGUUUCUUAGCCAGCAGGCAGAGCAAGAUGUUCAAAAAACUGACCAAGGACAUUGUGAAUGAACUGGACCCUCAUGGCCACCUGCACCCAGUCCAGAGUCUGU